GAAGGUGGAUUCACACUAUACGUGUUUUUUGGUUCGAGAUUAUCCGUGCGAUUAAUUAAAGAAUUUCUUAUCGGUACGAUAAACAGCUGUUGGUCCCCAGAGAAUACAGCAAUCACCAUAAAUAGAAACCUUCCUGUCCGGGGGAUCAGCUGGUGGAAUCCGGAGUCAACCGUAAUCACGUCCUCUGCCGCUCCCGACGACGUAUCAGCGGACACGAACCUUGACCCUUUCAAGAAAGAGUGCAAAAGUGUAGCGACAAGAAUAUUCUCACUCGAUCAUCACCGGACAGCGGUAAAGAAUGUCUCUCGCCUCCACAAUCCGCGGCUGCACCCGCACCGUAUUCCUACGCCAGCAACCCAUUAGGACACUGUCGACGAGCGGCACCCUGUUGCGGGAUGGAUCGGAAUCUUCCUGGCUCAGCAAGCUGCUGGUCCGGAAGAUUGAACCCACCAAGGAAUCGCACAGUCGCAUGCUGAGCGAUAAGUAUGACAUCUACGAACUGCAUACGCACAAUGUUCGGCCGGAUUCGGUGGGCAAAUACCUGGAAAACUACAAAAAUACGGUGCAGAUCGUACAAUCGAAACAAAACCUGUCCAUGGAACUGAUAGGCUCUUGGAACGUGGAGGUCGGCGAUCUGGAUCAGUGUCUGCACCUGUGGCGCUAUACCGGCGGAUUCGAGAUGGUGGAUCAGGCAAAGCGUGAGCUCACCAACGAUAAGUCCUACGUGCAGCUCAUGCAGGAACGGGGCACCUUUCUGCGCUCCCGGCAUCUGCAAUAUCUACUAGCGUUCAGCUACUGGCCCCAGUUGAAGCUACGCGAGGGCAAGAACAUCUACGAGAUCCGUUCCUAUCGCCUGAAACCGGGCACGAUGAUCGAGUGGGGCAACAACUGGGCUCGAGCAAUCAACUAUCGCCAGAACAACGAUGAAGCGUUCGCUGGUUACUUCUCGCAGAUCGGUCGCCUUUACAAUGUGCAUCACAUUUGGUGUUACAAGGACUUGCAGGGCCGUAAGGAGACACGUGAAUCAGCCUGGCGAUCUCCCGGAUGGGAUGAGUGCGUUGCCUAUACCGUGCCUCUGAUCCGUGAGAUGCACUGCCGCAUACUAGCCCCGACGGAAUUCUCUCCCACCCAGUAAUGGUUACGAUUCGUGGUGAUCUUGGGUCAAUUAUUUCAAAAGGAACGGAAUCGCUGGCAUUAUGUUUUUCCUUUUUAUGAUUUUUCGGUUUUUGCUUUGUUCGUUACAAAACCUAAGUAGUCCGUCUGUUACAUUCUUCCUCUCCCAACGCAUUUCCACGGCUACUAGAAUGCAUUUACUCACCAAAAUGAAUAGGGCCAGUGCCUCGGCAGAGUGUGCUGUGAAGUAGCCCCCGUCGUCAUCAGAUGCACGUACAAAUCACACACAACGAAAGGUAUGCCAUGAUAUGGGCACAUAAUGGUCAUGCGGGAUGAUGGGUGCGUUGUUAGGGUCCAAGGAUGAUAGUACCACUACUCUCCCUCCCGCGGGAGGAACCGCUUUAGAUGUUUUGUUUCAAGUAUGAAUGUAAAGCGAUUAUCUAAUAAAAAAAAAGGUGCAUAGCAGAACACUAUAGGCACAAUCGAAUGGAAAAACUCA